GAUGAGCUUUGCAGUCGCCAUUUAGGCAUUAGCACCAGCAAAGGCUAGAGUCAGUCCAUCCGUAAAAGCAGAUAGAGGCUGCUCUCAAGCCAACAAAGGCACUGAGGAGAAAGCGGGAGAGGAGCAGAGCUGCCAAAACACAGCCUCCGAGCACAGAGCAGGCAGCAGCCACCACAGGGUGCAAGGCAAAGCAGCAGGAGACCGAGCUGCAGCCCGCCUGAUUAAGGCAGGGAAUCCCUUCUGCUGGAGGAAACCCAGGACAAGACGGGGAGAACAGCUGGUGCAAUGACAGGCAGAAACUGAAGAGCAUUUGGAGAUUUCUGUUCCUAUACAGGUUUUUCCCUCUAGUUGAGCAACAGACACACUGAGAAACAUGCCCGAGCAAAGCAAUGAUUACAGGGUUGUUGUGUUUGGAGCUGGAGGAGUUGGCAAAAGCUCCUUGGUCUUGAGAUUUGUGAAGGGCACUUUCAGAGAGAGCUACAUCCCUACCAUUGAAGACACCUAUCGACAAGUGAUCAGCUGUGAUAAAAGCAUAUGCACUUUGCAGAUAACUGAUACUACAGGGAGCCAUCAAUUUCCAGCCAUGCAACGUCUUUCUAUUUCUAAAGGACAUGCUUUCAUUUUGGUUUAUUCUAUUACCAGCCGUCAGUCCUUGGAGGAACUCAAACCAAUCUAUGAACAAAUAUGCCAGAUUAAAGGAGACAUAGAAAGCAUUCCAAUAAUGCUGGUGGGGAACAAGAAUGAUGAGAACCAAAAUCGAGAGGUGGAUAGCAGUGAAGGAGAGGCCAUGGCUAAGAAGUGGAAAUGUGCCUUCAUGGAGACCUCUGCCAAGAUGAAUCACAAUGUGAAAGAGUUAUUCCAAGAACUGCUAAACCUAGAGAAACGCAGGACUGUGAGUUUACAAAUCGAUGGCAAAAAAAGCAAGCAGCAGAAGAGGAAAGAGAAGCUGAAAGGCAAAUGUGUGGUAAUGUGAAAUUACACUGUCAGAAGUCAGUCAUGCAGUCUUACUUGUCUGAUAAUACCCAUUUGAAACCUAUGGACAGCAAACAACCAUGCAAGACCCUAUUUAUUAGUAUCUGUUUUAAAAGAAAUACUUGGAAUUUGAAAAGAUGGAUUACUAUGGUUACUAUGAAAAAAAAUCCUGCAUUUAAAAAAUUGUGUAUUCUAGCUAUCAGAUAAAAAAAAUAUCAGGAAGUAAAAGAAAGAAGGGUCAGGAUAUCUACUUUUGUAAUUUACAGAAGAAAAGAAAUUUCAACCUUAUCAUCAAGUGAAAGAUUUGGAAAGUUAACUUCAUAUUACUUAUAUUUGCAUAUAACUACAAGAAAAGGCAACAUACAAUAUUAGAAGAAAAACAAAGAGAUGACUAUGAAGAAAGAACAUAUAAAUGCAUGCUAGGUGGUGUUACAUUCUUAAGAAUGCUGUGGACAAACAGUUCUGUGCAAUUUUCUUUACUGACUGGUGGGGCAGAGUGCAUCAGUUUUAGAUCUGCCAAAUAAGUGAACUGUAUCACAUUAAAGGAAGUGCGUGGGUAUCACAGUUAAAUGGGACAGUUAUUCUCUCCAUACCCCAGCAUGAAAUACUUUUCUAGUAUGACGUGGUGCUUGAACUGAAGCAUGAGAAAAAGCCAGUCCCUGUAGGAGAGAUGAAGAUCACCUUUUCUGGACCCAUCACUUCAAGAACGAGCUGUGUUUCUGGCCCCAAUAUAUUUCAGAAGAGCAGAUGUUUGCCUGUAGAGAAUGUCUAAUUAUAUGAAAAUAGUGUACAUAUACAAACAGAGAGCUUCCCCAGGGAGGAUGGAAUGAGGAGUGCCCUACAAAACCUCUGUGGGAAAGGCUCACUUUAAAUGCUGCUGAUUGUUAAAUAAACAUAUGGUAUGAUUAGUGAAUGAACAGAAAGUCUACUGAAGUGGUAGUACUCUUGGAGAGAGGUCAGUGUAGUAUAAAAAAUUUUUCUUCAAAUUACCAGAUUAGCUGAGUAAAAUUUCUGUACAUUACUGUAUUGCAAUUAGAAUGGGUUUGCAUUCGUGCACUGCUAGUUGUACUGCCUUUAUAUUGUCUAAAUGAUUUUGUAUAUACUAUUUAAACUCACGAUUUGAACUGCUGUGACUAUUUAUAGAACCAAAUCCUAUAUCUGGAGUUAAGGCCCACAACAGUAUCUGAAAGAAGAUUUACUGGGAUAGGUACUAUGGGAUUUGGCAUAUUAAGAGUUACAGUCAGUACUGCAUUAUAAUGCAAUAUAAAGUUCAGAAUAGAAAAAAAUGGUUUAAACCACUAUGUCAGGGAAACUACUCUUCUCAAAACCUUUGAAAGGGGAAAAUACGUACAAAAUGUGAGCUUUUCUCGAUCUCCCUCCAAAGCUUUUUUAAAUACUAUAUGAAUGAUUAAAGUAUGUAUCCUAGCGAUAAUAAAGAUCAUCUACAAUGAAAGAAGCACACACAUUUUUUAUAGGACACAUCAAAACUGUAUAAGCUACAAUUUGCACCUUAGGAACUGCUUUGAAAUAAUGAAAACAAACUACCAUAUUUUUGGUGUUUAUGUCAAAAUCAUACUAUAGGAAAAUGCAGUAAAGUAGUAUUAUUAGCAUGCAUGCUGUUGCUUUACAAAUACUUUCUAGGAACUGUUCAAAUGCAGCAUUCAUAUCAAAAAAUGUUAUAUUGUUUGUCUCAGACUUAUUGCUUGUUUACCUUCCACCUUCCAAACAAAAGGGUAAACAUUUCACAGGCCGUGUGAUAAUUUCUUUGAGCAGGAAUUGUUAUUAGCGCUGCCUAGAAAGGAGGAGAAGUUUUAUCAUUCACUCAGAAGAAAUUCUGACAGUGUUAAACUCAAGUGUAAAACUCCUACUGAUUUCAAGGAUGACAGAAUUUUGUGUGAUUGCUCCAUUGCAUUAGAAGAAAAUAUUGGAGAAAGCAUGAAAAAAAGCUAAGGCUCUCCUCAACAAUUAAUUCCUGGCUCCUAUCUAACACUUUUUCUCCAUAGAUCUUAAAGCACGUCACAAAAAGGGUGGAUAGUGUCAUUAUCUUAACAUCUCAGGUGGUAAAACUGAGGCAUGAAAAGAGGAAGCAACUGCACAUAGGUUACCCAGAAGGCUAGCGGCAGACUCAGGAACUAAAGCAGAUCUCUUUAGUCCCAGUGCAGUACUUGCUCUUUUUUUGGUCAGACUAGCUCUUCACGUUCUUAAGUAGUUUCUAAAACACAUACAGGAAACCCUUUAUGGCUUGUACAGCUAUCUGCAUCUUUUUCUUGUCAUUCUCUCAAUAGAUCAAACAGUAUUUCUGGAUUGGGGAUGCAAAACAUUUCAAAGCACUACAUUUAAUAAGACUUUUAUAAAUGUUUAUACAUCAUCUUUGUUUGUAAGCAAAUGGCUGACUAUACUCAACUUUUACAGCUUUGAAUUCCACUAGCAAAGCUGGGAAAAUCAAAUGAAUGAUGACAGUUAGGGAGUAAUGGGUCACAUAUGGAAAUCAGCAGUACAGAGGCAUUCCUCUGAUGCUAACAUGUCAGUGCAUCAUGCAUGGCACACGUCUAAGCAGCCAGCAUGGAAUAAUGAUAGAAACUCAAAAGAAGAAAGGCCACAUAGAGACAAAGAUUGUUUUAAUGUUACUACUUUUGCUGGAGGAAAUAUUUACAUAGUAAAGAAUCUUGUAGAAGUAGAAUAUAGGGGAUCUGAAUUACUCAAAAGACUGUGACUGCAAGGUUAUUCCAGGCUGAAAUUUGGCCCUGGACCUUUUUCGAAUGUGCCUCAUAGCAAGAAAAAAUAAUUGUGUUGCAAAGUGGAAAUAAAACAAGUAGCUGUUAGUUUUUAGGUUUCAGGACCAUUUCCUUUAAUUCAUAGUUGAUUCCUGACCUGCUACACUAUAAGCCAUGAAUUAUUUCAUGGACUUGCAUGUAUAAAAGCAAGGCCAGUACAGAAGCAAUAUUAGACAUGGACUACAGACUCAAAAGAGUACAUAUUUUAUAACUUAACAUCGUCAUCUUAGUUCAUACUACUAGAAUUUACAUAUUUUACAUAUUUGUGAGCUGAUUUAAAACAUUUUCUUUGCUAUUACUUAUGCAAUUAUUUUUUUUAAUACAGGGAAAAUAUUUUAAGGUAAAUAAAGAAAAUACACAGCUUUAUUCUAUUUUAUGUUUUAAUUAGGAAUGUGAUAUCACUAUAAUAAACUCUUUAAAAUGUGAAGAAAAAUACAAGAUAUUUAAAACAAGUAAGAUCUACAGUGAAUUUUAACACGUAGAAAACAUGAUCUAUACAAAAUAUCUCUUUAAAACACAUUAAUUUUAAUGUAUAUAUGAAAUGUUAAGUUAUAUAGUUACCAUGAAUAUGUGUUGUUGAGAUUUCAUUAGCAAAUAUUUUAUUCAAAACCUCUGGAUAUGAAGUCAUUUGUGCCUACAGGUUUCUAUGUUUAUGGUGAUGUUCUGGACAUACAAAAUAAAGUUUUAAAUGGAACCGCAGUUUUGGAGGAACCCUUUUUGGUGACUUGAUUGUGUUUGUUUCAUAAGUAUGUUAAGUAUAUGGUUUUGAAAAGUUGUAAAGGUAAUUCUCUAGAUCAAAAUAGAUUCCUGAAUAUUAGGCAGUGUCCUGAAGUCUUCAGCUGUACAAAUCAGAAUCCCAAGGAGUCCUAAAAGAAAGUAUUAUCUAAUAUUUACCUUUCUUUUAUUAUACUGUGGCAAACACCCACACUUUCAAAGCAAUCUACCUUCAUAA